GCGUCCAGGGGCGGCGCGGAACCGAGCGGCUCGCCCAGCCGCCUGAGCCCGCGAGCGCCGCGCCUGCUCGGGGAAUCCACUUCGCUGCUAGACGCUUCUCGCUCAAGCUCGCGCUCUCCCAGGCUGCUUCCCAUGGCAUUUGCUCUGAGGCUGGAUCCUAUCCACUAACGGAGAAACUUUUCCAGCCGUUUCUUCUCCCCCACCCCCUUCCAGGAGAGGAUUAAAAGUUCCAAGAACUGGUACCGCCAGUGUCACUUGGGUACUCGCCGGUGAGUUCCCAGUCUCAGCCAUGUGCACCAACAUAGUUUACGAGUGGCUGAAAGCGUUACAGCUCCCGCAGUACGCUGAGUCCUUCGUGGAUAAUGGCUACGAUGACCUGGAAGUGUGCAAGCAGAUCGGAGACCCGGACCUGGACGCCAUCGGGGUACUGGCUCCAGCGCACCGCCGGCGCAUCCUGGAGGCUGUGCGCCGACUGCGGGAGCAGGACGCGGCCGCCGCCGGCCUCUACUUCACGCUGGAACCUCAGCCGGUGCCACCCGCACCGCAGGUGGACUCGGUGCCACCAGGUCGCCGGGGGGAGUCAUGUGGUGGCUCGGCCCAGGGCACUCGCGGGGAUCCCCGUGGCCAGACGAGCGCUCCCCGCAGCAGAGAGCUGGUGAGCUACCCCAAGCUGAAGCUGAAGAUCAUGAUCCGGGAUAAACUGGUCCGCGAUGGUAUCCACCUGAGCAAGCCCCCGUACUCGCGCAAGGUCCCAAUGGCCGGCAUCCUAGCGUACUUAAUGAAUUGGCCGAAGUCAUCACAGAACCGCUAGCUAUCAUUUUUGAGAGCCCGUGGAGGACUGAUGAGGUGCUGAAGACUGGAAAAGGGCAUAUUUAGACUCUCCUUUCACAAAGGGAACUGGAUGGUGACUCUGGAAACACUCAUCAGCUUAAAUUUUUGGCUUGGAAAGUUCUGGAAUAACCAACUUAGUAAGCUGAAUUACUUAUGUGUAGCUAGUGUAAGGCAGCGACGUGCUGCCCACGAAAAUCCUUUGAACUUGGUUUAAAAGGACACUCCAGGCGGGACGAAGUUCAAUACAUCUCUUGGGAUUUCUCUCCUUUGCUCUUUGAAUUUUUCAUCGUAAUAGAUGGGGUUAAGACUUGUGGGUAAUUACUAAUUUUAAGUAUACCAUACCAACAAUGUUUCUUACAAUAGCUAGCUAAUUAAUCAUAUCACUUUCAAGUUAGCCUCUAUCUCGAGAGCAGUAACUUUCAUUUUAUAUUUUAACAUACAAGUUAUUCUGCUUUGGCUAGAGCUCUGUUUUUAUUAAGUUAUAAUAUGUCGUAUAAUCCUAUAUAAAGUAGUUUGGGGAAGGAACUCUUACUUUAGGUGCUUCAUAUGGUGAGUUCAUAUAAAUAGAAGCGUAGUACUGACAGUGUAAGGAAGAAAUUCCUUUCUAACUUUUUAAAUUUAAUCUGGUGGAGGUAUGUUGUUCCAUUAGGAGUGCCAUGUCCUGACAUGAUAUUGAACUCAUGAGUUGUUUUAUUCUUUCUUGCCCGGAGUCUUCCCCAGCCCCCUCCUUCCCAAGUUGCCUUGUAUCAUCUCCCUCUCUUUAGUAGGCUUCUGAUACCAGUUUUGGGGUAGGGACGUGACCUAUGACAGUGGGCAAGAGGAGCCUUGUCCAUGGAUCAGUACUUGAGGAAGAUAGAGAGAAAUGGGUGGGAGUGAGGAAGUGAACACGAAACUGGAGUUUGGGGGUUUGUUUUGUUUUUUUCAUGUCUCAUCAUUAUUCCCAUUGGGUGUUGUUAGUUUGAUUUCCUGCUAAGAAAAUGCAAGAGUGAAGAUAGGGUCUGAUCUUAGAUGAGAGAAGGCUAUGGAGAUUAAACAAUGCCGGCUAGCUGCGGGGGCUGGCAAGUUGAGAGAGCCCCUCAGCUGUCCUGUACUGCGGAAUUGUCCCUUCACCACUCAGAAGUACAUCAAAGGUGCAGGAUUAUGUCACUAAAAUUAUGAACAAGAACAGGAAACCUUUAAAGGCAAGAGAUUGGCAUUCAGCUUGUCUCUAGGAACAGGUAAGCAAUUAAGAAGGGAUGAGAUUUCCAAAGGCAUUCAUGCCACAAAUACUGUUUUUAAAAUCUAAAAUUUAAACACUCGAGCUGCCUUCAGAGAUGAAUAUAUCACUCUGCAAAGCCUUUCUCGAGAUUAAAUACAGAUGUAAGGAAAUUAACUCCCAAGAGCAUGUUGUGAGUGGCUCCUUCUCCGAUACAAUCAACUGCUCCGUCACCUUUUCAAAUAAGCUGGUCUUUAAGAUACCUGUUAGAUUUUUUUUUUAUGUUGAAGAGGUGUGGGUGUCCGCAUAGACCACUGAUAUGAUUUAUUGUGAUAAUGAAUUGCUUCCUGGUUGAGACCUCAUUUCCAGGUGCCACCUCCGUGACAGAUUUAUUUCACAGAUGUCCAUUUGCAUGCAUUUGUUGAACUGCGGCUAGUAAGGACCCAAUUUCUGAAAAAAAUCUAUUAUUUACCCUAGAGGCAAUAAGAAUAAAAUCCUCUGCAACCAAAAAGGGCUCUCACAUCCUUUCAAGUUUUAUUUUCCAUUUGAAUGAUGUCCGACUUCAAUUAUUGGGCUGAAUUUAAAUCUUGUUUCUAUGCCACUACUGGAAUUCGAAAUUAACAAUAACCUACCUAAAUUAUGAGUCACAAUUUAAGAUGGUAGAAUAGCCAUUGGGGCUGGAAGGUUUCUUGGGUAAAGAAAGGAGAAUAAAACUCUAUGGAGAGAAUCAGUGAGAAGGAGCUUGCUGGUUUUUCCUGCACAUUAAAUCAAAAUGAGGUAGGACAGCAUACCAAAGGAACUCUGCCCUUGAAUUGCUCUAUUGGGACUUAUCUUUAGAAAGAGUCAAUUUAUCAGCAUGUCUUUUCCUUUUAUCUAAACACUGGUGAUUUCAUUAAUAUCUGAAUAUGAAAGAUGAAAAUAUGAUAACAGCAAGAUUCAUGUCUUGAUACGUCAAUUCAUAGUUCCCAUCCAAGUCAGGUUGUGACAGGGUCUUGUUUUAUAAUAUUGAGAGGCUUAGAGAAUCACAGCAAAAUUUUCUUCAUCUUAAAAAAAAUUGUGAGUGUAUGAAGAAAUCUAACUCAUGCAAAAAUUGCUUCAUCAUGGAGGGUGGCACACAUCUGUAAUCCCAGCUGAAUUCCAAGCUUGAGGCCAGCCUGGGCUAUGUAAUGAGAAUUCUGUCUCCAUAAACAAAUCAGAACAAAACAGAAUCAAAUAGAUGGGACUAUGGAGAAGGCUCAGUUAGUCAAGUUUGUGCCAUGGAAGCAUGAAGACCAAUGUUUGAGCCCUAGAAGCUACCGUGUAAAAAAGCCAGGUAUAGCAGUGUGCACUGGGGAGGACAAGACAACAGACCCCUGGGGCUUGCUGGCUGGUCAUUCUAGCCUACUCGGUGAGUCAGCCACAGGCCAAUGAGGGACCGUGUGCCAAAACAAUCAAAACAGAAAAACCAAAACAAGAUGUGCCUGUAGAGAACACCUGAAGCUGACCUCUGGCCUGCACAUGAGUAUGUAUGUACACGCGUGUGUGCGAGCACACACACACACACAAAAGCACAAUUAGGGAGGAAGGGAGAGAAGGACGGAGGAAAAGAGAGAUAUUUCUGGACAUAAAGAAAAUAACAAUUUAAGGAAAAAAUAAAGCCAAAAAUCUCAGAAGCAAAUUUAUAGCCAUACAAAAUAGUAGUUUCUCAGUCCAAGAAGAUCAAGUAUUUUUUUAGACCAGAACAGUUUGCAUCAUGGUUGGUAAUUUGAACUACAGGAGGACAGUGAGCAUGAGGGCUUCCUUUGAAAUUACUCAAAUCAUAGUUCAGAUUCUAGAACUAUCCCAGUAGUGCUUUCUUGAGCCAACACUCCAAGGUGCACAAACUCUACUGAAGCUUGAGGAAUCAUUGCAAAUAACACUGAAACUUAAAGCUUCUUUUCUUUCAUCCAUAAAAUGGCAAAAAUAAAUAUCCCCUCCACUUAAGAGGCUUAGGAGUUCUGCAGCUUAUACCUAUUUUCAGUCCUUGGCUCAGACAUGGCAUCAGCAAGCGCUGACUGUCUCUCUCCCUACCCCUUCCUCAAUGUCAGUGAUUUUCUUCAUUUCUCUUUAUGUGGAAGAGAUUACUUAAAACCAACCAGAGAACCAAGUAUAUAUUGACAUGUUCUGCUGUUGUUCAUUAAAAAAGGCCUUUUUCUUUUUAGGGGGGGCUCAGAAAAAGCUACCCCGUAUCAUCAUACUAGGAGUUCAGUGAAUGAUUAGUAGCGGACUGAAGAGAGUUUGAUUUAACAAUAGGCUAGGGAGAUGGCUUAGUCAGUGAGACCGUUUGAAGCACACAGAGCUGAGUUAGACCCCAGAAUCCUCAUUUAGAAAGGACAAGUCUUUGUAACCCAUUGCUAUAGAGGUGGAGACCAUUGGACCCCUGGAGCUAGCCUGGCCUACUUGAUGAGCUCCAGGUCAGUGAGGGACCCUUGUCUUUCUCUCACAUGUCCAUACGGUAGAUGGAAUCUGAGGGACAAUAUCUGAGGUUGUCUUCUGACCUGCACACACACCUCCCGCUCUAACACACACACACACACACACACACACACACACCCGCACACACACUAGAAAGGGUUCAAGUUGUCUGGAGACACUGUCUUAUGGGCACACAUGUAGCUAUUUUGCUAGUACUCCUGUUUCUAUAGCAGCAUCAGGCAGUGAACGUGGCAUGUGUGUGGAUUCCUGCUUUCAUUACUGUCUUGCACAGUGAGUGCAAGAGCUUCCCCUCAAUGCUACAGCUGCAGUGGAUUCAGCCAAAGAUGACGAGGAGCGAGCCAGCUCUUUUGUAAACUGGAACGAGGAGCCAGUCAUACCAGUGAGCAGAAACAGCAUUGGCACCGGCCUAUCUGAGUAUUCUAUCACUUAGAGCCUGAGUGUUGUACACAGCUCCCUUAAAUAGAGAGGUUGAAGAAGAACAGAAAAAGAUGCUAAAGAAGUUAAAAAUCUGGGGAAAAUGCUCCACUCAGAUCCAAUAUGAGUAAUAUCUAAGUUGUUAUAAAAAUAGCUUGAUGAAAUAUUCCUUACUGUCAGGAAUGUAAGGGAAUAAGAAUAGAGUAUUGGAGCCAGAGAGAUAAAAUUGAAGACCCUAUCUCCAGUCGCCAAGUCUUAAUCCCAACCAAGUAGCAAGAGUUGGAAAAUUUUUGCAUGAGAUAAGCUGGUGUGUCCAUAAAUGCUUAGUAACACCAGGUUGCCCAGAGCAAAGCAAGUUACGCUUUGGUUUCUAGAACUUUCUGAUUUUACUUGUAUCAUGAGUCUUAACCUUAAUUAUAUAUUUCUACAUCAGAUAGUCAUAAUGCUGAAAUUUUGUGUUAAUUUCUGGGAUAAAAACCAGUGGCUUCCUUUCAUAAACACUAAUCACAGUUGGAUAUUACAUUAAAUGCAAAGGGAGAAAAAAAAGGCAGAGAACUUAGAAAAACAAUUUAAUUUACCUUUCUCUUUCUACUCAUCAAAAUACAUAUUUUCUUUUUUUAAUUGUCUAUGUUCUAGAAAUGAAGUUUCACAUUUUAUUGCUAAUGUUAAAGGUACUUUUUUAGGAAAAUAAGUGCUUAAAUUGUACAAUAAGAACCAUAUGCCAUUUUUCCCUCUUUCUUUCCUUUAUUUUUAGUUUUUUUUUUUUUUUAACAGUUUUCGUCAAAUUUCUUCCUCUGGGCAAAAAUCCAAUUAGUGAAGUUUUGAACAUUUAAACUGAACAAUUUUUUGUAUAAAUAUGCUGUAUAAUUCCUUUUAUUAGAUGAAUUUUUUUCUUGUUUCAAAAAUGAAAUAUUAUGUUGAUUCUCAAAAACAAGGUGGCUUGUUGAAGGAGAUAGAUGUUAGACAGCUGCCACUCCUUGCAGUUGCUGCUCUAUUGACUGAGCCUGUGAUGAGAUACAAGUUGGGUUAUUAAAGUCAUUCACUGAAAAGUUGUUCCCAUAUAGAAGCUUGUGAAUGGGGCAGGGAAGUCAACAUGGAUUUUUCCUACUGCUCAAGCACAGAUUUUCUGAUUGAAAGUUACCAUUUGUAUUUGUAAACAUAAUGACGAAAUAGUGUUUUCCCUCUUUCUAUUUUUUUUUAAUGGAGGGAGGGACAGACAGUAUGUGGCAAGUCUGUGACAAGCCUAAUUGGGAUAUCCUUGUGAACCAUGUCAUGUAUGCAGCACUGUGAUUUGCAAACUAUGUCUCCCUUCAAUAAAUGUCAUGGCUUUCACAGUGGUUCUCCCUCGGCCUCUUUUGUAAUCUUUUGCAUUCCAAUCUAGGCAACAGUUUGAGCAUUCUUUAAAUUGGUAACCUAUGAAUAUUUAUGAUGCAAUACCACAUUGGUGAGCAUGGAAAAUCAGAGUUCCAAGUGCAAAGAAAGUCUCCUACACUACAUGUAAAACUAUACAUGAGCCCGUUAUAUGUACUUGAGUGUAUUUGUGUAAAGGUUAUAUGUGAACCAAGCCACCUUCCCUUCUGUGAUUCUGAGCAGUUCCAGUGGCUGACCCAGUGGGAAUGGUGGGCUGUGCUGAUUGGUAGGAAGGCUUCCUGCAGCAGUUUCUGCACAUGGACAUCCACUGGGGCUCCCACAGCGCUGCCUCCACUUGAGGACAGUCAUAAUUCCAUAGCAGAUAAGCCACGCCUUAGAGAUCCUUAGACCCUGAGUCCUGAAUUCAAACCCAAACAUGAUUGAUUGGGGAUGAGAGAACCUUAGAAAAGUGGAAUAAUCAUUUUAUUUGCUUAUCAUAGUCCUAAAACAUUAGUUUGAAGUUUGGCAGAAACCUGGACAACAGUGA